AUGAGCGCCGGUCCAUCGUCAUCCUUGUCGUCACUGCCAAGCUCGCUAUGCUUGACGGACAGACCCAACGCGCCUCGUGAUGGUCUGGUGUCCAGCAAGAGCUCAGAACUCUCCUCUGUCGGCGAGACGCAAUCAAGCGAUCCUGUCAGGCUGACCGCAAGUCACACUGUGGGGCGAAUGCAGCCACGGCGAACCAUCGAGCAAUCGUCCGACUCUGACGCCUCCACUGGGAUUGACAGACAUACCGACGACAUACACGAUGCCAACCUCAGUGCUGUCAUGCGCCCAAAUUACCUCGACCGUUACACAGCUCGGCCAUCGCUUGCUGAUGCGCUUCGCGACAUUGACGACCGGGAAGACUCUCACUUAUACGCCGAAUCGGCGGUCUGUGUUGCUCGGACUUCUGUCGCACCCUUGCAGCCGGGCAAGAUCGCCACCGUGACAUCGCUACCACGAAGCAAAAUGCAGCUAGCGUAUAGCUCGUCGCUGUCCAGCGUGCCGGAUAGCACGCUAGGGACAGCGCAGUCGACGCGCGAGGCGACUCUGUCUGAUUUAACGCCGCUGCCAGCCCUGUCUCUUCUCGCCCAAGAUGCUACUGACGCGCCAUCAUCUUCAUCAAGCUCAGAUGCAGCUGGUCGCGAUACUGAUCGAGAAAGGGCUCCCUCUUCGUCUACUUCUGUCGUGCAAGAACUCGAGUCAAGACCGCGAUCUAGGCAGAGCUCCAAUCGCAAAGCAGAUGUCAUCUUGCCAUCCUUACGGCGCAAACGAAUCGUAGAAGACUCGGACGAUGACGACCAAGAUGACCUAGCACAGUCAGCUUUGAGGUAUCCCUCACCCAUGCCGAAUUCAGACAGCGAAAGCGAGCAGCGGCACAGGGAUAGCGCUGAGGAGGAUGAUGAUGAUGAUGAUGAUGCCCCGUCAACCUUGGCAGGAGGGCUUUCACCGAGCGCCCAGAAAGAAGCCAAAGCUGCUCGACUCGCAGACCUCGCUGCCCGUGUCCGUGCGCAACAAGGACAGGACGCUACAUUUCUUAAUGUCGAUCUCGAUGCGGAGCUCAAGGCAGCGGAACAGGCUAGCCUCGUCACCACUAUCGUUUCCUCAAGCUCAGGAGCGGCCGAAAAGACGCGCAAGAUUAAACGCCCGACCAAGAAGGACCGGGAAGAAACUAAUAGAGAAAGUGCACGAGCGCGCGCGGCCAGGUACGCGCGAAUGCAGCGCAAGGAAGCAAAGCCUCUACGCAAUUCGAUCACGUCUAUCGCAGAAAAGCUUAUCACGGACGCAUCACCAGGCGUCGUGUACGCGCAACCUGAGAAGGAUGCCACCUCGCCAGUCUCCGCAAGCUCUGGCAGCCUGGCUGCGCGCGUGCAGUCACAUAAAGCUGGGCAAGCAUCUGCAUCUCAUACAAAGCGGACCGAACGCGAUGAGCAAGCACAGUCGUACGAUCCCGCCUACCUGCAAUCUCAGACGCAGUCCUUUACUCGCGAAGCCUACGCACAGGAUGUAGCUCAUUUGGAGAGCAAGAGGCACAUACCUCAGACCGUAAGCCCGUCGAAAGGCAAAGGUCGCGCUCGCGAUGAGCCGUCCAAAACGCCCGCGUUCGCGCCAAGUAGCUCUAUUGAGUAUACCUCCUCGAUAAAUCAUCCUGCUUCGACACCAUUGACGACUGCUCGAAUCAUUGCUCCAUAUGCCACGCAUGAGGUCGCAUCACCUGGCGGCGUAGGCUCUCUCGACGCCGACGCCGACGGUGAUGACGAUGACGAGCUUCCCGACGCAGAUCGUGCCUUUGAGAUGGACACCGCUCGGCGCUUGCUACAACGCCAGCGGGAAGAGCGGCAGGCGUCUCUGCGCAAGCAGAAAGAAUUAGCGGCCAGAGCACAACACACGACAGCUGCAGGCGACGAAGAUGAUUUCGAGAUCGUCUUGCUGCCUGCAGCGCGUAUUGACAAGAAAGAGCGCACAAGCAUGUCGGCGUAUAAUCGAAAGAUCGCGUCGCUCAAGCAGUCGCGCGAGCUAGCAAAGACGAGGGCAAAGCAAUCCGACAUCGGUAUCGCAAGCGACAGUCAGCUGUACAAAUCUGCCAAGGCGUUCGGCGGUGGUGUUGACAACAAAGCUCGUCGAGGCGACUCGGUCGUCAGCUCGGUCAGCAGCCAUAGCGUGGCGAGAUCUUUGCAGGCGAAGGCCAGUCAACAAAGCCGUGCAGCCAGACAACAAAAACAAGCAGAAUGGGCGAGCGCUGGUGGCAAGCUCAAAGUUCAAGGUGUCAAAGACGAUGCUGCAGAAGAGCAGACGACCAUGUCAGCUUUGUGGGAUCAGAAGAAGGCGGAAGCAGCCCUACCACAAGCUGACGACGAUGACGAAGGCGAGGAGGACGCCGAUUGCGAGGCUGCUGAAGUGCCGAGCGAUGAGGACGCGACAAUUUUGGGCAGCGGAUCCGAAGCUUAUGACGAUGACGGCGCCGAGGCGGAAUCUCAGAUAGGAGCGCCCGACAGUGACGAAGAGAACUCUGAAAUUGACAAAGAGAACGUGCCAUCCAGCAGUCUGAGACCUCAAGGCCCCGGUAAACGAUCGGAGAAUGCAGCCCGCACUCCCCUAGUAGCUAUUGACAGCAAUGGCGCAGCCUGUGAGUUUGGAUCUCCGAGCGGCGGCUUCACCCAACUAUUCAGCACCGCGGCUAGUCCGUCCGACUCAAAUAUCAAUCUUUUCGACAAACCCUCUACUGCAGCUUUGCUCCCUGCUGUCUCAUUGCUGCCUGCCCUACGGCUCGAUGAGGCUGGCAGGCGCGAAGACGCAGCACUUAUCGAGGCGCAAGCUCCUUUUAUCAAUCAGCAAGUCUCGCCUGAAGAGAUUCUCGAGCGCCGCUGGCUAAAUAAGGAAGGCUUGCUUACUCAACAUCAGCCGCACGAUGUCUUCGCUGCCUCGCCCGAGUCACCGAGCGAGUACUUUCCUCCCGGCUCUCGCCCAUAUCGUGCUCCAGGAACGACAUCGCCUGUGAUCGAACAAAGAAGGAAAUUAACGCGCAUCUUGGAAAGCGCCAGCACAAGUCCUCUUGCAGAGCGCCAGCGUACUAUGUCGCGCAGCGAAGUCGAUCAAACGACCGGAGGACGAUUUACGGACGCGUUCGGAGUGAUGAAAGAUGCAGCCGCGCGACAAGCGGCCCCUAAGCCGACGAGACCUCGACUGGAGAAAAGUGACUUUAUCGAUGAUGGUGCGAUCGAAUCUGAAGAGGAAGAUGGCGGCAUGCUUCGUCGUGACACGCGAGAUGACGAAGAGGACGAAGAAGACGAUGACGCGGGCUCUGUGCAGGAGAUGUUUGACGACGAGAAGCGCAACGAGGAGGACGAAGUCGAGGACGAAUUACUCGUCCGGAAGAAGUUUGCCGAAGUGGCAGAGCAGGACGACGCGAAAGCUCUCAAGCUCGCUCAAGCACAAGCAGACGGCAAGUGGCGCAGCAAGCGACGUGAAGGGGACUAUCUGAGCGACGAAGAUUACUCUGACGAAGAGUUUGGGCGGGCGGACCGACCUCGCAUCAUCAAGAAGCGAAAAGUCGAGGGCGACCUGAUGGAGACCAUCUCCGCUGAUCCAAAGACAGCAUCGUUUGCCCAAACGUAUAAUGGCGGCUUGCAUUGCGAGACCAAAGAAGAGGAUGUGGCGUUUCUCGAGCCUGACGACAUGGCAGGUCUGCAGAGCGACGAGGAAGGCAAUCUUGUGCAACGCGUGAAAGGUCAGACCGAAGAAGACGACGAAGAAGAUGAAGACGAAGAAGACGAAGCUGAUCGCAACUUCAUCGUCGAGGAUGAAGGAGAGCCCCGCCAGACCCGAGCUGCGAAGGCUGCUCAGGUCGACAGUGCUUCUCGUGUCCUGCCUCGAAGCCGAUACACGUCUGUCGAUCCCGAGCUCGGCAAGACGGUUGCCGAUACUAGCAGCUCUCCUCAGACAACAAUAGUCUUUCAAGACUUGCAGUCUGCGCCCAAGACGCUCACGAGACCAUCACGCGACGCUUUUGAUGAUAUCGAUCUCGGCUAUCGAAUGGCUCCCUCGCGUGCAAACAGACGCGAUAAUUCCGGACUUUACAAAAAGCUAGAUAGGGAGGACUCGCAAUCUGACAAUCGCGGGAUCAUCAUCGGCAAGUCGAGCUCGGUCACUAGCUUUGGCAAGGCUCGUCAGGAACAGAGAGCUGGGUCGCAAGGCGGUAGACCCCAACCAAGGCCGGUCGACGGUCGAGCGCCGCUGCGUAGACAGACGUCGAGUCAAUCGGCUGGCAGCCGUUCGCAAGGCGGUCUGAGCGGAUUCAAGCGAACGGGCGCGAUAGUCUCCCACAAGAGCUUGUAG